CGACUUGAGCCACUUGAAGCUGACUGAGUUGAGAUUUACGAAUAGUGAAUCCGCACGCUUCUUUCCGUCCGUCGCCUAUUCGCCACCGCCUCCGCCUCCGCCAGGGAGCGUUCCGACCAUAGGCAGAACACAGAAGUCCACCGCCGUUGUCCGCCACUGAUUUGGGUAUCAGGUGCAUUGCAACUGUAAUUUCUAAAGAAUGGCUAUUCCUAAAGAACUGUAUCCAUCUGAGAAUGACCUCCCAUACGAAGAAGAGCUCCUCAGAAACCCAUUCAGCUUGAAGUUAUGGUGGCGCUAUUUGGUGGCUCGAGCUGACUCCCCUUUCAAGAAGCGUUCCAUCAUCUAUGAGCGUGCUUUGAAAGCUCUCCCUGGCAGUUACAAGCUAUGGCAAGCUUAUCUUCGCGAACGCCUUGAAGUGGUUCGUAAUCUUCCUGUCACCCACUCCCAGUACCAAACUCUAAACAACACCUUUGAGCGGGCCCUAGUGAGUAUGCACAAGAUGCCUCGCAUCUGGAUCAUGUACUUGCAAACCCUAACAGAGCAGAAGUAUUUGACCCGGACUCGCCACGCCUUUGAUCGUGCGCUGUGUGCUUUGCCGGUGACUCAACAUGAUCGGGUUUGGGCGCUCUAUUUGAAUUUUGUCAGUCAGAAGGGGGUUCCGAUCGAGACAUCACUCCGGGUUUAUAGACGGUACUUGAAGUAUGACCCCUCCCAUAUCGAGGAUUUCAUUGAGUUCUUGCUGAAUUCCGGGCUAUGGCAGGAGGCUUCAGAGAGGUUGGCAGGAGUAUUGAACGAUGAUCAGUUCUAUUCGAUUAAAGGAAAAACAAAGCACAGGCUAUGGUUGGAUCUCUGUGAUUUGUUGACUCAGCAUGCUACGGAGGUUUCCGGAAUGAAUGUGGAUGCAAUCAUUAGGGGAGGGAUUCGAAAGUUCACAGACGAGGUUGGGAGGUUAUGGACGUCCUUGGCAGACUACUACAUCCAUAGAAAAUUGGUUGAGAAGGCAAGGGAUAUAUUUGAAGAGGGGAUGACCACUGUAGUGACAGUUAGAGAUUUUAGUGUUAUCUUUGACGUGUAUUCAAAGUUCGAGGAGAGUAUGCUUGCAUUAAAGAUGGAAGAGAUGAGCGAAAGUGAAGUUGAUGAUGAUGAUAAUGAUGAGGGUAAUAUUGAGAAAGGGAUGAAGGAGGAGGAAGAGGAGGAUCGAUUGAAUGUUGCAAAACUGGAGAAAAAGCUUAACAAUUUUUGGUUGAAUGAUGAUAAGGAUGUCGACUUGAGGUUGGCAAGGCUAGAGUACCUUAUGGACCGGAGACCAGAGCUGGCUAAUAGCGUACUUCUAAGACAAAACCCACACAAUAUAGAGCAGUGGCAUAGAAGGGUGAAGCUUUUUGAAGGGAACCCCACGAGGCAGAUACUGACUUAUACAGAGGCAGUGAGGACAGUAGACCCGAUGAAGGCUGUUGGGAAACCCCACACACUGUGGGUUGGAUUUGCAAAACUCUAUGAGAAUCACAAGGAUGUUGCAAAUGCUAGGGUGAUAUUUGACAAGGCUGUGCAGGUCAAUUACAAGGCUGUCGAUCACCUUGCUGCUGUCUGGUGUGAAUGGGCUGAGAUGGAACUACGACACAAAAACUUUAAACAAGCACUUGAGUUAAUGAGGCGUGCUACUGCAGAACCAUCCGUUGAGGUCAAAAGGAGAGUUGCUGCCGAUGGAAAUGAGCCGGUACAGAUGAGAGUUCACAAGUCCCUUAGGCUCUGGACAUUCUAUGUGGAUUUGGAAGAGAGCUUGGGUACAUUGGAGUCAACUAAGGCUGUGUAUGAAAGGAUUUUGGAUCUUAAGAUUGCUACGCCUCAAAUAAUUAUCAAUUAUGCAAUGCUUCUUGAGGAUCAUAAAUUCUUUGAGGAUGCAUUUAAGGUUUAUGAGAGAGGUGUAAAGAUCUUCAAGUACCCACAUGUAAAGGACAUAUGGACUACAUAUCUUUCCAAGUUUGUCAAAAGAUAUGGCAAGUCAAAACUAGAACGAGCUCGGGAAUUAUUUGAGCAUGCUGUUGAAGUGGCACCUGCUGAUGCAGUAAAACCGUUGUUUCUUCAAUACGCUAAACUAGAGGAAGACUAUGGUCUGGCCAAGAGGGCCAUGAUGGUUUAUAAUCAAGCGACCAAAGCUGUUCCUGCUAAUGAGAAGCUAAGCAUGUACGAAAUUUACAUAGCCCGGGCAGCUGAGAUAUUUGGUGUUCCCAAAACAAGGGAGAUCUAUGAGCAAGCAAUUAAUUCAGGACUUCCGGAUAAGGAUGUCAAAACUAUGUGCCUUAAGUAUGCUGAGCUUGAGAAGAGCCUGGGUGAGAUUGAUCGUGCUCGUGUGCUGUACAAGUAUGCAUCUAACUAUGCUGAUCCUAGGUUGGACCCCAUCUUCUGGAAUAAAUGGAAUGAUUUUGAGGUGCAACAUGGAAAUGAGGAAACCUUCCGCGAAAUGCUUCGGGUAAAGAGAAGUAUUUCUGCCAGCUAUAGUCAGACACACCACAUUCUUCCUGAACUCCUCAUGCAGAAGGAUCAGAUGCAGACACUUGAGGAAGCGAAGGAUGUGCUGAAACAGGCAGGAGUGGAUGAAGACCAGAUGGCUGCCAUUGAAAAGCAGCUGCUAGCGGCCCCCACCUCAAACGAAGCUGCCCAACCCAGAGAUAGAGGGAGUCGGGUGGUCGGGUUCGUAAGUGCUGGCGUUGUUGGCUCUGAUGGUGCACCAAAGAAUGCCGACACCUCAAACAAAGAGGACAUUGAACUUCCUGACGAAAGUGAUUCUGAAGAAGAGGGAGAUGGGGAAGUUGAGAUUGCACUCAAAGAAGUGCCUGAUGCUGUGUUUGGUGGGUUGGCCAGAAAGAGAGACGAACCCCAGAAAGAUGAGGGCGGGGAUGGAUCAGACAGUCAUCUUGGCGCACUUGAGAGAAUAAAGCGAAGGAGACAAGGAGGCUCCUAGACACCGCGGGUUGUUUGUUAGACACUUCAUUUCUACCAUUUUGAUCUAUUCGAACCAGCGAAGGUAAACAAAGGUAACAUGGUUAGUGUUUGUGGCAAAUGUAAAUUAUGUGAUUUUGUACUAUAUAGGGGCAUCUUUGCACCUUUUGUUAUUAUGAGUUUAAGCUACAAGUAUAGCAAUAUAUUUGAGGGAUUUUUUUUAAAUAUUUGAGGGAUUAGUUGUAUCUACCUUUUUUUUAAUAUCAAAAUGUGAUGAUUAAGCACUAAUGCCUUUUGUUGG